GCGCCCGAGGGCGACGGGAGAUGCGCAUGCGCGGGUGGAGGCCGGCGCCGGAGCCGACGCUCCCAGCCACCGGCUCCCGGGAGGACAUGAAGGCCGGCGAGGACGCCAGAGGAGCGCGCGGCGAGGGGCCGCGGAAGCUGGGGCUCUGCGUCCUCUGCGGUCUGCCCGCAGCAGGAAAAUCGACCUUCGCGCGAGCCCUCAGCCACCAGCUGCGGCUCGAGCGGGGCUGGGCCGCGGGCGUCGUCGCCUAUGAUGACGUCAUGCCGGACGCGUUCCUCGAGAAGGCGGGCGCACGGCCAUUGCCAUCCCAGUGGAAAUUGCUUCGACAGGAGCUGUUGAAGUACUUAGAAUACUUCUUGCUGGCUGUGAUUAAUGGGUGUCAGAUGGCUACCCCACCCAACAGGACUGAAGCCAUGUGGGAAGAUUUUAUAACCUGCUUAAAAGAGCAAGAUCUCAUAUCUUCUGCAGCGCCUGAAGCCCAGUCUUGCUACCUCUUAACAAAGACUGCUCUUUUUAGACCUUUGUUUUUGAUUUUAGAUGACAACUUUUAUUAUCAAAGUAUGAGAUACGAAGUCUACCAACUGGCUCGGAAAUAUUCAUUAGGCUUUUGCCAGCUCUUUUUAGAUUGUUCUCUCGAGACCUGUUUGCAGAGGAAUGGACAGAGACCCCGGCCACUGCCUGCAGAGACCAUCCACCUGAUGGGAAGAAAGAUAGAAGAGCCCAACCCUGAGAAAAAUGCUUGGGAACACAACAGCCUCACCAUUCAGAGUCCAGCAUGUGCUUCUGAGCCCAGCCCAGAGUUGACUGAUUUAUUGCUCGCUGCUUUGGAAAAUCCAGUAAAAUAUGUCGAGGACAAUGUGGAACAAAAGGAAACGGACCGAACUAUCUGUUCAACGAACAUUCUUCAUCAAGCUGAUCAGGCACUCCGAAGAAUUGUCUCUCAGGCAAUGAAGGAAGCGAAAGGUAUGGUUAAUCAGGAAGGCUUCUCAGAGGAAGUGACAUUUAAGCAAAGACAUGAAGAAAGAGCAAGCCGUGCAGAUACGUGGAAGAUCAUUCCAGGGAGUGGACACAUCAAGUGCAGAAGCCCGGAGGUAAGUUGUUUGGCAUGUUCUAGAACAGAAAAGAGGCCACUGAGUCGGCGUAAAGUAAGGAACAGUGGAGAAGUCAGGGACCAGGUGUAAAAUCAGCAUAAGGUUUGAACAGGCUCAAUAUAUUGUCAGUCUAGGCCGAGAUGAAAUACGUGGUAAUUAUUGUUUUAUAAUUCCUUUAGGUUUUAUAAUCUUUUUAAAAAACCUUUAGGUUUUGCUAUAUUUAAACUUCGAUGUAAAAAAAUCACAGCAGCUUAACAUUUCUUCAGCUCCUUUUAUAUGCUAAGUGCCUUAUAAAUAUAAUUUUCUAGUCUUUACAAUCCUAUAAGGUAGGUUUAAUUUUAUAAAUGGGGGCACGAAGGUUCUGAGAGGAUCACAUAACUUACCCCAAACUAAGCAGCUACUAAAUAGUGUACUUGGGCAUGCUGGGGUUCAGAGCUGAGUCUGACUGGUCUGUACUUCCUAUUAUGCUCCCCCACAGCACCCACACUUUGCAAAAGGAAAAUACACUAAUAUUGUUUUUCAACCUUUUUUUUUAACCAUGAUUUGUAAGUAAAUUUUAUAUUGUAACCUUGUAUGUAAGUACAUGAAGACAGCCACGCACAGAGACACAUUUCGCAAACCCUCACGUGUGUAAUGAACUCUGCCACGUGCUAUUUGAUUCCAACACUGGUUGCAACUUGCAACUCACUGAUGAGUUUCAAACCAAAGUAUGAAAAACAGGACUGGAACAGAAGUGGCAGCGUAAUUAGGAUAGAAACAAAAGUAGUUGCAGUUCAGUCUCAGCCCUUUGCCUUUUUUCACGAAGGGAAGGGGGAAUAGGAUUAUGCCCAAAUCACUCUUGAUUCAUUUCCUAUCCAUUCAAGUAAUUUUUUUUUUUUUUUUUUUUUUUGGUGAGGGAGGUGGUACCAGCUUCUAGAUGGGUGCUUAAAAAAAUUAGAAGUGCCGUUAUCUCACUCAAGAAAUUAAAAAGACAGCUCACAGCAGGGGAGAAAAUAUUUACAAAUAAAGUGUCUUAGAAGGAACUUGUGUCAAAAAUAUAUAAAGGACUCUUAACACUCAGUAAUGAAGACAAAUAAUCUGAUUUUUAAAAUGGGCAAAAACGAUUCAAAUGGACAUUUCUCUGGGAAGAUACACACAUGGCCAAUAAUUGCAUGAAAACACGCUAGAUAUCAUUAGUCAUCAGGGAAAUGCAAAUCAAAGCCACAAUGAGUAUGUUGUGCACCCACUAGGACAUCUGGAAUCAAAACAUGUAGUGUUGGUGAGGAUGUGGGUAGAUCACAGCCCUCAAGCGCUGCUGGUGGGGAUAUCAGAUGGUACAGCUGCUUUGGAAACAGCCUGCCAGUUCCUCCAGCAAUUAAGCGUACUGUUACCAUGGGGCCCAGCAAUUCUACCCCUAGGUACAUACUCAAGAUUAAUGAAAAAUGUACAUUCACAUAAAAAUGUGUGCACAAAUGUUUAUAGCAGCAUCAUUCAUAAUAGCCAAAAUAGGAAGCAACCUCAGUGUCCAUCAGCUGACGAAUAGAUGGACAAAAUGUGGUCUAGCCACAGAAUGGGUUAUUCAGCCAUAAAAAGGAAUGAAGUGUCAGUCAAUACAUGCUACAACCUCAAAACAUUAUGCAAAAUGAAAGAAGCCAGUCACAAAAGACCACAAAGUAUAUGAUUCCAGUCAUGUGAAAUGUCAGAUAGGUAAAUGUAGAGACAGAUUAGUGGUUGCUUAGAGAUUGGGAGAGGUAGAGGGUGGGGUAGCAAGGUGACAGCUAAAGGGUACAGGUUUUUGAGAUGAUGAAAUAUUCUAAAAUUGUGAUGAUAGUUACACAUAUCUAAAUAUACUAAAACCACUGACUUGUAGUUUAAAUGGAUAAGUUGUAUGGUAUGUGAAUUAUAUCUCGAGCUGUUUAACAAAACAGUUCAGUUCUCCAGUCACACUACCCGCAUGGCAAGUGGCUGCUGGAUUGAAUAGGGCAGAUACAGAACAUCUGUCAUCGUAUAAAGUUACAUUGGACAACUGUUGUAGGUGAGAUCAGUUUCAAAAACAAAUAGUCAUUUCCUAUCUCUGCUUUUUUGCCCUACUACCUGUUAGUUCCAUAAGAUUGUAAGUCAACAAGAAAAAAAAUCUCUUUCAGAGUUGUCUUUUCCGCUCAGGAAUUUCAUAGCAAGUUGUGAUUUGCUCGUAUCACGUUAUGUGACCUUUUGUUUACAUGUUAAAGCAACUCAGGGGUAUUGUGAUUAUUUACAGAAUCUGGUUUGUCUGAAGUAAUCAAAUUAAGUUCCUGAUGUCAUUAGAUAACCCAGCUUGAUUUAAUUUACACAAAUAA